AUUUCGUUAUUCUUCAAUCACGGUGUUCGUCCUUUCAGUUCUUGAAUUCAUUACCACAUCUGAUUAUCAGUAAACACCAGAAAUUUGUCGUUGCUCCAAUUGAUUAUCAUCAAUUGAAUCAAGCACUCACUGUAAUUACCACUUCACUUCUUAUCGAUUACGACACCUUCCGAACAAUUUGUACUAGUAUCAAUCAGCAUUUAUCAUUCUGUUUUUACAGCAACAACAAUUAACAUUUGGGAGUAAACUGAGGUUAUGUACCCCAAGAGAUGCAUCACCUAUCGAAGUGUUCAGUCAACAGAUGAAUUAUAGUUUAUUGUAAUUAAACAGUAAUUCAUUUAAGAUGAAAAUUUUUCGUCAGGGUCGGUACGAAACAAGUGGUUUUUAGUUAUUAUUAAUUAUGGAACGAAUCUGUAGAGAUGUGGUACUGUGUAAAGGCGAAAAAGGACUGACCGAAGGCCAAGACUCAUAUGCGACAGCUUUCGAAGGAGCUGGAUACAGCUGUCAAGUCCUGACAGCUAUUUCCUUCUCCUUUGUGAAUACCCAGAAAUUACGAGAUUGUCUAGAAACACCUGAAUCCUAUUCUGGUUUAAUUCUCACCAGCCAAAGAGCUGUAGAAGCUAUAAAAAAAUCUAUUUCGGAAAAUCCCUUGAAAACUCUCUGGAAGGAGUUGCCAGUGUAUUGCGUGGGUCCGGCAACUGAGAAUCUAGUCAGGAAUACUCUCGAUUUACCCAACUGCAUGGGUUCUGAGAGUGGAAAUGCCCAGGAGCUCGCAAAAUUCAUAAUAUCUCAUCAUAACAGAGACAAUAAAUCCCUGUUAUAUCCUUGCAGUGGUAUAGCUCGGGAGACUAUUCAAAGAAUGCUGGAAGAGGCUGAAAUAUCAGUGGAGAAAAUAACAGCAUAUGAGACUCGGCCUUCAGAAACCUUAGAGAACGAUCUGCUCGAUAUUAUGAAGGUAUCUCCUCAAAUAGCUGUCUUCUUCAGUCCCUCAACUGCUAAAAAUGUUAUGGCUAUCGCUGGAAAACAUAAUUUGAUCGCCAGAAUAAAAGCAGUGGCUAUUGGACCAGUGACAGCAGAGGCACUCAAAGAACUGGGACUCAGGAUUUAUGCCACUGCAGCUAAACCAGACUCCCAAGCUCUUCUAAAAUCAAUCGAGGAAGCACAGAUUGAAAUAAGCAGUUAGAAUUCAUGUCAAUGCUUAAUAAAUUGUGAUGAAAUAUUUUAUUAAAAAAAACAUUACGAUUAUUGUCAGUGGC